AUGUCAGGCCAGGAUUACUACGGUCAGGGUCAGGGCCAUGGUCAAGGCUACGGCUACAGCCACGACGGCGCACACCAGCAGCAGCAACAGCAUGGCUAUGGACAGCAGAACCAAGGCUACCCUCCUCAAGGCCAGGCGUAUGGACAACAGCCGCACGAUCAGUAUGGACAAGGACAUCACAGUCCUUACCCGCAAGGCCAGGUCAGCACUUAUAGCCCCUACCCUCCGCCAUCGCACGAUCCAUAUGCGCAACCUCCCCAGCACGGCUAUGGUGCCCCGCCGCACGGCCAAUACCAGCAAAGCUACGAUCCGAACCGCAGCACAUCUCCCUACCCACCUCAGACACACCAGCAGCAAGGCUACCAUGAUCCGAAUCAGCAGUACGGAGCGCACCAGCAGCAGGGCUACCAUGACCCACAACAAGGCUAUGGUGCGCAGCCAUACGGCCAACCCGGUGCGCCCGGUGGUCCUGCUGAAGGCGACCGUGGUCUUGGUUCAGCCUUGAUGGGGGGCGCAGGCGGCGCAUUUGUCGGCAACAAACUUGGAGGCGGCGCGCUGGGUACUCUAGGAGGAGCGCUUUUGGGAGCGGUUGGCGCCAACCUCAUACCUGACAAGAAGGACAAGAAGCACAAGAAACACAAGAAGCAUGGUAGCUCCGAGCAUGGCUCGCACCAUGGUUCUUCACACCAUUCGCACCAUAGCUCGUCUGGCCACGGCCACAAGCACAAGAGCCACAGCAGGAGCCGUAGCAGGGGCGGCAAGAGCAGCUCCAGCUCCAGCAGUGACUCUGAUUAG